GCUGAGUCCAUAUUGGAAAAAUAGUGGGGAUACUUUGAACUGUGCGUCACGUAGAUUUACCAGGUGCGGAAAGAUACCAAUGAGAAACUUAAGUGCUAUUCAAGUUGAACUAGCCAUUCUGACGGCAGCCUCGGCAUUAUCAGAUCCGACGUUAAUACACUGAAAACCACUGUUGAGAGUAAUUCCAGUAUUUUAGAUAGCCACGAAAAGCUCUUCAGGCAAUUGAGUUCGAGUUAGCAGACAUGGAGGGCAGGAACAGGGUGUACCAUUCGCCUCACCGGCCUGGAAGAGGGGCUCAAAAGUUCUAGUGCUAUUAGUUUCUUGCACAUUCCCUACCCAAAUGGUUCCCUACUCUCGGGCGACCUCCAGAUCAAGAUUAUGAGCGCACGUUAGAUCUACGAUGGCAACGCACGAUGGUGCUCAUUACAAGGCCCUCACCUCUCCCAAAGAAGCAGAGAAUUUCCUGGCCUCUGCGGUGGCCCCACCUCUGGGGACCUCAGUGGUGAGCGAUGAUAGCGUUCCCUCGCCUUCACUACAAGUUCACCUCGGAUGCUGCCGCCGCCGAGAGCAACUCUAGUUCUGAGCUGAGUUGGCUGGCUGCCUGUUGGGCUGGCAAUUCUACGUAUGUGGACUGUUGAUUUGCUCCGUCUUGCAUUGUUUACUUCCUGAACAUUGUUGAUCAUCUUGUUGUUGCUGGACACAGAGGACUAACUUUGUUUGAGCUCUUGGGGCGAUGACUGCCUGAUGUCCUUCAGCCGGAGGGAUAUGGCCCAAGAGACCAACCAGAGCCAAACACCUCUGUUCUGUACAACCGGCUGUGGUUUCUAUGGGAAUCCAAGAAACAACAGCAUGUGUUCAGUGUGCUACAAAGACUUUCUUCAGAGACAAAACAGCAAUGGAUGUACCAGUCCACAAGGGUCCUCUACAGACUGCAGUGUUGGAGAGUCCCUCCUAGCGCAGUGCUCCGACAGUAGUAUUGUACCUGCGCCAACAGCCAUAUCACACACAGACACAACAUCCGGAAAGAGCAGCAGUGUGUCGACAACCUCAGCAACCUCUCCUUCAGAGAACGAGAGUGCCUCAGCAGCCAAAGCCUGCCCGAAAACUGAGGAUUUACUAAGCUCAUGUAUCUCGGUCACAGCUACAGCAGUAGGAGGUGGGCAGGAGGAUCAGAGCUCAGCAGCCGGUAUUUCAGAGAUAGGCUCUCCCACCCAGAACACUUUGCUCACUUCUCUUGGAGAGUGCUCUUGUAAUGACGAGAAGAAGCUAGAGGACUCUGCUGAAAAUGUAAAUGGCCAAAAGGCGUCGGUGUCAGCCGACUCGGUCCAGAAGGCCAUAGACAGUGAGGAGAAACCCAAAGCCAAGAGAAAUCGCUGCUUCGCGUGUCACAAGAAAACCGGGCUCACAGGCUUCAGCUGCAGGUGUGGCAAUGUGUUCUGCAGCAUCCACCGAUACUCAGACACUCACAGCUGCACCUUUGACUACAAAGCCGACGCUGCAGAGAAGAUCAGGAAGGAGAAUCCCGUCAUCGUCGGGGAGAAGAUCCAGAAGAUCUGAGAGAUGGCGUCUCAGACGGGAUUUCCCCACCGAGCCCCACGUUUUAACACCAACCACGUUCAUCUCUCCGGUCUCUUCUUAGUUCUUUUCUCUCCGAUCAUUAAAACUGCAUGCAACUCAACUCAACUCUGGACAUUUUUAUUUCAACGUUUGAUUCCUUUGCAGUCCUUUGGAGAAAAAAAAAAACCCUCUGAACUUUAUAGUUUGUAGUUGCUUGAAUAGACUUACAAAAUAAUCAAUGGCUAUUAGUAAUGACAUUUGUUUUGGAGAAUAAAAUAUGGAGAUGGAGCAAUGUGAAGGGCUGCGCUUAUCUGAAAAUGUACGUAAACCCACCAAUGAUCUUUCCAGAAUAUUUUGUACUUUUGUAGCCACGUCUAAAGAAUGAAUGUAUUUAAAACCCCAGUCUGUUUUUACAGCAUCAGUUAGAGGAAAGAAAAAAAAUACUUAUUUGCUUCCUUUUCUUGUUUGUGUAAUUUUAUUUAACAUGUGUGGUUUGUCAUAGAAUCGUGUGUGAAUGUUGUGUACCAUUAGUGACUCGCUUGUGUGCACCGUCUCCUGUCCUGUGUGCUCGUGCUUCAGAAUAUAUGGGUGCACAAGGGAAACAAGCCCAGCUGGUGUUGCUGUAUUUGUUUGUUUACGCCUUUAUCCAACUUUGAUCAGCAUAAAAUUAUUUUUCCUC